CUCCAGGUGGCUUAUCGAUAAGAAGUGGCGAUGAUCCCAGGAUCAGCCGUGAUUCCGUGACAAAGUACGGAUCGCGGCCGCGAUCGGCCUCGCCAUCCGCCUUAUUCAACUGUCGGUGGGGUCAAUGCUGUACAGACAUCCAGCACUGAACCGCUUUGGUGUUGGUUAUCUCGAGGGAAUGUCUUGGCGGGAGGGGUUGGCUGCAUACAAAUACCGGGGAAACUCCAUCCAAAUCCCGGGAUUCGUCCCACCCCUCAUUCCCAAAGACGAAUGACCGCCAUGCAAGAGCCAACUUCAUCCCAGAUUCGCGUCGCCGUCACGCAGGCAGAGCCGGUCUGGCUCGAUCUCAAUGCCACGGUGGACAAAACAUGCUCUCUGAUCGCAGAAGCCGCUGCGAAUGGCGCUCAGUUGAUCACUUUCCCGGAGUGCUGGAUUCCCGGAUAUCCGGCGUGGAUUUGGUCACGUCCUGUCGACAUGCGUCUAUCAUCCAUCUACAUCCAAAACUCACUGAAAGUCGAUUCGCCACAGAUGAGCCGCAUCCAACAAUGCGCAGCGGAGAACAAAAUCGUCGUGGUCCUGGGCUACUCGGAAAACAUCCACAACUCUCUGUACAUUGGUCAAGCCAUUAUCGGCAGCGAUGGCAAGAUCCUCACCACCCGCAAGAAGAUCAAAGCUACCCACAUGGAGAGGACCAUCUUCGGCGACUCCCCGGGAGAUUGUCUGCAUAGCGUAGUGGAUACAUCAGCCGGUCGUGUUGGCGCCCUCUCUUGCUGGGAACAUAUCCAGCCUCUUCUCAAAUACCACACGUAUUCACAGCGCGAACAGAUUCAUGUCGCGGCAUGGCCGCCUUUGUUUCCUGACAAUGAUGACGGGAACUUGUUUUCGAUUUCCAGCGAAGGCACCAGUGCAAUUGCUAGAACGUACGCGAUUGAGAGCCAGUCGUUUGUUCUACAUACCACCACGGUGAUAAGCCAGGCUGGCAUUGACCGAAUGGACACACAGGCCAAGGCUCUGAUGAGUACCCCAGGUGGUGGCUGCUCCGCCAUCUUUGGGCCCGACGGUCGCCAGUUGUCGCAACCAAUGCCCAGCACGGAGGAGGGGAUCAUCUAUGCCAAUCUGGAUCUCGACCUGAUCUAUCACUCCAAAUCCUUUGUUGAUGUCUGUGGACACUACAGUCGACCGGACCUUCUGUGGCUAGGGGUGGAAAGUGGUGUGAGGACUCAUGUGAGGGAUCAAGCGGGGGUGGCUGCACAGGAGCAGUCGGAGUAGAUGUACCGACUUUUGGAAGGAAAGCUUACUGUCUCCAUUGCAUACCAGGCUGGUAAUUGGGCUGCAAUUGAACAGCACGUUGUGUCUUUAACCUUGUUUCCGUAACAUUCAGCAGGUCAGGUGAUCAUAUCACGUUGUUUCUCUUCCC